AUGAUAUCAAUAUUGAAAGAGUCGUUAAAUUAUUGUCGUAUAUGCUUGUACUCAUUUACAUUUGCUUGUUUAUUUCGUCAAGGUUCUAUGGGUUUUCUUACUUAUUAUAAAGUUGGCUCCAUUUUAUACAAUGCUUAUAAUGAUGGCUGGUUCGAUCCUUUGAUCAAUGACGUCGCCUAUCGUUAUCCAAGAUAUUACAAUAAAGUGAAUCGAUAUCUACAUUAUCCAGCACGACAUCAUUGGUACUAG